AUGGCCGGAUGGUGGAGCAUCGGUGAUGCUUUUCUUAUGCUUUUUGGUAUUCUCCUUGCUCCCUAUUUGUACAAGUUCAACUGGAUCAAGGAUCUAAGGCUAGAAGGUGACAGUAAAACAGUUUUAGCAAAUCACUUGGAAUCGAAGAAACGUAAAUUGGGGAAGCUUCCUCCGGUUUAUCCGAACGGAUGGUUCGCCUUGUUAGAAAGUUCUCAAUUAGAAAAAGGUCAAGUGAAACAUGUCGCUGCUCUUGGACAAAAUUAUGCCGUCUUCAGGACAGAUAACGGGACGGUGAGGAUUUUAGACGCUUACUGUCCUCAUUUGGGUGCAAAUAUGGCUGAGGGUGGUCGCGUAAAAGGUGAUUGCUUAGAGUGUCCCUUUCACGGUUGGCAAUUUCGUGGUUCCGAUGGACAAUGCGAUCACAUCCCGUACGCCGACAAAGUGCCUCAUAUCGCAAGAACAAAAACUUGGAAAUGCUGCGAAGCUAAUGAAAUCAUCUUCGUUUGGCAUCACGCUGAAGGAUUAGAACCAACAUGGCAGCCGCAAACUAUGAACUUAAUUUCAAGUCGAGAGUGGCGUUAUCAAGGUCGAAAUGAAUUUCUUAUCAACUGCCAUAUACAGGAAGUCGCUGAAAAUGGCGCCGAUUCCGCACAUCUCAGCGCAGUCCACGGUCCAGCGUUAUUUUCGAAAGGUGGUAAAUUUUCCUCUUCCAUCGCCCGUCAUUCGUGGUCGAAUGUUAAUUGGGCACCGCACAAGUCCUUCCUAGAAUUUCAAAACUCCGAGGGAGCUAAAUCGAAGGAGCAAGACGCUGAAAAUUUAAGGCACAGAGCAUACAUGACUUUAAGGCACACCUUCGUUCUGUUCGAGAAAUUCGAAAUUAUGGAAUUAAAUGUGAACGUUCAACAAAUCGGUCCAGGAUACGUUGAACUGAUGAUGGAAACUUCUGUCGGAACUAUGUGUAUUUUUCAGACAGUGACGCCAAUGGAACCCCUUCUACAGAAGGUAACUCAUUUGCUGUAUUCUCGUCCGCUGAUUGGUCCGUACGCUAGGAUUUUAUUCCUAGCAGAGUGCUUAAUGUUUGAAAGGGACGUGGCUAUUUGGAAUCGAAAGAAGUUCGAGAAACAACCGCUUCUCGUCAAAGAAGAUAAAAGUAUACUCGCUUAUCGCAGGUGGUAUGCUCAAUUUUAUUCGCAACGUAGUCCCAGUUAUCAUUCUGCCAUCAAAUCGCUACAAUGGUAG